AUGAGAAGCAAAAAGAGCCGUCACAAAUUGGUUGCUCUCAACUUCUUGUCGAAUAUAUCGCUUGAUGGGAAGCAUGAAUCUAAACCUAAUGGAGUUGACUGCCACUCAUCAGCUCCAUGUAUUUGCAGUGACGGAAAAAACGUGAAAACGUUUGAGGAUAACCCAGUUUAUGGACAGCAAACCAGUGACACAUAUUACGAAACAGUAGAGACAUUGGUGCCAGUAAAGGUCUUACGGGAACCUGAGGCAUCCUCAAAUUCGGCAGCACAUACCCAGAUCCAUACUUCCUACAACAGUUGUGUGAAUACAAGCAAGGCGGAAACAUGUUCAAAUUAUUAUAUUCCAAAUGUUGCCUGUUCAGAUGCCUCGUAUGUAAACUCAAAUGUUAAGAGAUUGGAAAAUGUAACGGAUCAGUUGUCUGCGGAUAAAGCACUGGCGUCCACUGAUUCAGUCAGUCCACUCUUUGGUGCAGUACCAAAAACUUAUAUUAGAGUUAAACUUUCACGUGAAUCUACUGGCUCACAUUACAGUCAUGGUUUAGAAGAUGUAAAACUUUUGGGUAAAGUGAACCCGAAAUUGUCUCAGAGUACCUCAUGUCCUAUGUUUUCUAAACGGUAA